GCUACCAAGGUCUUGCCGGCUACAGUAUUCUAGCUCACUUUAACAAGGCGGUAACAACAAGUAACAAGGCGUCGGCGGUAACAAGGUGGACUAGACUCAACGGGUCGCAAAACGCCUGGUGUGCUGACUUUCGUGGGACAGCCUGUGACCGCGUUGAAGAGGCAACCCCAUUCUUAUGCGUAUUUCAGCGAAGAUUGGUUUACUCACGUAUUACAACAGACAUCUGUGAAGAGCAUGCAGCGUGCAAUUAACGCGAUCGCAAGCUUCAAAGACUUGCCGUACUGUCAGUCAUUUAUACACAAGGUGAAGCUGAUCUCCUGCGAGGGCCAAGUGGCUCGCCUUGAGUUGCAGCUGGAAAAGCCCCACUGCAAUGUGAACAGCACCCUGCAUGGCGGCAUGGCCACUGCCCUGAUCGACGUGUACACAUGUGCACUGUUAAAGACGGCCUACGAGAAGGAUGUGCUGUUCUCCACCACCGAGCUGAAGGCAAGGUUUCUCGGCCCUGCCAAACUGGGAGACACCAUCCUGAUGGAAGCGCGAAUCACCCGUGCAGGACGUACAAUUGCCUUUGCUGAAAUGGAUAUUCUCGACAAAACCACCCAGAAGAUAUUGGUUCAAGGGACGCAGACAGCAUUAGUUGUUCCUCAGAAUUAGCGGUGUCAACAAUAUUGGUACGAAAUUGAAACUCUUCACCAAGUGUGUUGUUCUAUGCUGGUGUGUUAUGUUUUCCCUGCAGAGUAUUGUCAUCUACUGGUUAACAUAAAUUUUGGUUUGAUGUGAAAGUGAAAUGCAGUGCAGAGAAAGAAUGGCUUGGGUGUUUGUUUACAAAUGGUUGCGUAAUAGAGCAUCCAAGCCUGUGUGAACAAUACUGCUGCAGAAUGUCAGGAAGGUGGGCGUUAUUUCACUUGCUCUAGUAUAUUGUCACAUGCUGAGGUCUUAACAAGCUACAUUUGCAGACAACUUUUCUGACCAUGAAGGAAAGCUUUAGGUGUUUACAUUAUGCACAAAUAUUGCUGCUGCGAGUAGUUUGGACAUUUUUGGUGUUGCUUUUGGUUUCUCUGAUGUCAAGUAACUUGUUUGCUUUUACAGAAGCAGCCACACUUAAAUGAAUUGAGCAGUGGUUUUAAACCUGUAAACUACUGAUGUUAUGUAAAAGGUUACUGCCAGUAUACCUAGUCUGACCAAAGAGGGUAGGUAUAUAAACUUAAGUUGACUCACAAGAAAUGCAAAAAAAUGCAUUUUUGAAAUUGCUGUGCAGGUAGCAUAGCAUGAUGUCAUAUCUGUCCUUCAUUCACCUCAUGUAUCAUGCCAGAUUUUGGACUUUCACAUUCAUAUGGCCCAUGAAGCCUCUUACAUCACUGUGUAGCAUUUUUUUUAAGGCAUCCAUCUGCAAAUGCACAUAGGGCACCUGUGAUUUCUUGUGGUUACCAAUUCGUAUUGUGUCAGGUUUCAUAUUCAAGAUAAGAAAGCACCUUAUAACAUUGUUAGUGGUUCAUUUAUACCUACAAAAAUAGGCAUCCGUUAUUUCAUACGUAGAGGUGUGUAAACAGCUUCUUGGUAUGUUUUUGGUAUCACCAGAUGAUACCAAAAAAUUUAAACGUUCUAGUGCGAAAGAAUGAGAAAGUUGUUUAUUGAAACACCGAGUAAUAAGCGUACAUUUAAAUACGCUUUUCCAAGAUAGAGUUAAACUGGAACACUGGUUGCUUUAAUGAGAACUGGAAAGCGCCGUCUUGCUAGAUGCAUAGCCAUCACUCUUCUGUCCUUUCCCAUGCACACGCACGAGAGGGGGUUCACUUGGUUCUCUCCAGGUUCAAGUUACACCACCACCGAAACCGCUGGUGGCUCCACUUGCACAGAGGUGGCGCCAUCUAUUAACCCUUUGAAGGUCGAAUUAUUUUGA